AUGGAUCACAAAACCAAUGAAGAAAAGAAGCGGCAAGCUUUCAGGGCCGCUUGCAUCAGACUGAAAGCAUAUCUGGCUGAGAAGAGACUGGCCAGAGAAGAACAACUAUAUGAAGAGGUAUCGGCCAGCACGGCCGAUAUAAUUGAAGAGGGUUUCGAAAAACUGGAUGCAAUCCAACUUGAAGAUUUGGAGUUAGCCCCUUCUAGGAUGGAAGAUAAUAAAGCAGAGGUGCAAGAUCCUUUAUUGGAAAUAAAUGUUGAGAUGCCUGGCCUGUCUAGAAAAUUGGUAGAACAUAGAUUACCGAUCAAGAAAGAUUUUCAGCCAUAUAAACAACCACCAAGAAGGAUGUCUUCGGAAGUAAUGCUCAAAAUUAAAGAAGAAAUUGAAAGACUUCUUAAGGCAGGAUUUAUUCGAACAGUUAGGUAUGUUGAAUGGUUGUCUAAUGUUGUUCCUGUAAUGAAGAAGAAUGGCAAACUUAGAGUUUGUGUGGAUUUUCGCAAUUUAAAUAAUGCCACUCCAAAAGAUGAAUAUCCAAUGCCUGUGGUCGAUCAACUUAUUGAUUCGGCCGCUAAGCAUGAAAUAUUGUCUUUUAUAGACGGCCAUUCAGGCUACAAUCAAAUCUAUUUAGCCGAGGAGGAUGUUCAUAAAACGGCUUUUAGAUGUCCUGGGUCAAUUGGUACUUUUGAGUGGAUUGUGAUGCCAUUUGGCCUAAAAAAUGCUGGGGCUACUUAUCAAAGGGCAAUGAAUUCUAUCUUUCAUGAUAUGAUUGGCCGAUUCAUGGAAAUUUAUAUAGAUGAUGUGGUUGUGAAAUCAUCGGCUAAGAGACAGCAUUUGGAACACUUGAAAAGGGCCUUUGAAAGGAUGAGGAUUCACAAAUUGAAAAUGAACCCAUUGAAGUGUGCAUUUGGAGUUUCAGCCGGGAAUUUCUUGGGGUUCUUGGUACAUAAACGAGGUAUUGAAGUUGAUCAGAAUAAGGUCAAAGCUAUUAUAAAUGCUAGGGUCCCAGCCAACAAAAAACAAGUGCAAAGGUUCCUCGGCCAGGUAGGUUUUCUUAGAAGAUUUAUUUCUAACCAUGCUAGCCGAGUGCAUGUCUUUUCGACUUUAGUGAAAUUAAAGUCACAUGAGAAAUUUCAUUGGGACGAAUCCCAUCAGAAGGCCUUUGACAAAAUAAAAGAGUAUUUGGCAAACCCCCCGGUUGUAAUGCCUCUAAGAAAGAAGUGGCCGUUAAAGCUUUAUUUAUCAGCCGCAGAAGAAUCAAUUGGUAGUAUGCUCGCACAAGACAAUGAACAUGGAAAGGAGCAGGCUGUCUACUACCUGAGUAGAGUACUAACUGAUGUAGAAUGCAGAUAUUCCUCAAUUGAGAAGCUUUGUUUAUCUUUGUACUAUUCGGCCAUGAAGUUGAUAGUAUACAUGCGGCCUGUUGAUGUUUACAUUCUUUGUCAGACUAACGUGAUCAAGUAUAUGCUAUCAAGGCCAUUGAUCACUGGCCAAAUAGGUAAGUGGGCUUUGGCUUUGAUGGAAUUCAAUUUUAUCUACGUCCCACAAAAAUCAGUAAAAGGAAGGGUUCUGGCUGAUUUUUUGGCCGAUCAUCCUUCAACUGAUAUUGAUCCAUGGGUUUAUGAUGAAUUGGAGUUAUCAGCUAUAUUCUUAACUUCUUGGAUCUUGAUGUUUGAUGGAUCAAGCACGGCUGAUGGAGCAGGAGCAGGUAUUGUUAUUAUUUUGCCAGCUGGCAGAAAGGUUUCAUUCUCUUUCUUUUUAGAUUUUAAAUGUUCAAAUAAUCAGGCCGAAUAUGAAGCGCUUAUAAUCGGCCUGGAGAUUUUAAUUGAAAUGACUUUCUGGCCGAGAGGGCAGAAUAAGGAGGCCAACAGCAUGGCCCAAGCAGCCUCUGGAAUAAGAGUACCAGCUGGAAUAGAAGAUCAGUUAAUAAAGAUAACACGAAGAUCUUUGCCAUCGGCCGAAUUGAGAAAUACUAUGUUGUUUGUUACUUGGACAAUUGAUGUAGAAGAUUUGGCCGACGAUGACUGGAGGAUACCAUUUAUAAUGUUUCUUCGAAAUCCAAACAUUAAGGCUGAUAGAAGUAUUAAAAGAAAAGCGAUCAACUUUGUGCUUCUAGACAGGGAUCUAUACAGAAAAGGGUUAGAAGAUGGGCUCUUACUACAAUGUAUAAGCAAGGAGGAAUCACUUCAGGUUAUGGCCGAGGUACAUGAGGGCAGCUGUGGGGCUCACCAAGCUGGGAUUAAAAUGAGAUGGUUGAUUCGCAGGUAUGGAUAUUAUUGGCCGAGGAUGAGGAAAGAUUGCAUAAAUUACUCAAAAGGUUGUCAAGCUUGUCAAAGACAUAGGCCGAUUCAAAAUGUACCAGCAAAAGAAUUACAGCCAAUAAUCAAACUUUGGCCAUUCAGAGGUUGGGGCCUUGACCUUAUUGGUAAAAUUAAUCCACCAUCAAGCGAAGGCCAUCACUGGGUGAUUGUUGCCACAGAUUAUUUUACUAAAUGGGUUGAGGCCAAGGCUUGCAAAGCGGUUGAUCAGCAAACAGUGAUUAAUUUCAUGGAACAAAACAUCAUCCACAGAUUUGGGAUUCCAGAAACACUUGUUUCAGACAAUGCAACAGUAUUUAGGGCAACUGAUGUACUACAAUUCGGCCACAACAUGAAUAUUCAUAUGUCAGCCUCUACGCCAUACUAUACUCAAGCAAAUGGCCAGGCCGAAUUUUCAAACAAAAUUUUAAUAGAGAUCAUUGAAAAAAUGAUCAAAGAUAAGCCAGAAAGCUGGCUAAAUUAUAAUCAGCCAGAACGUUGGCCGAAUUAUAAUCAGCCACUGGUGGUAAAUCAAGAUCGACCGGUCAUUGAUUAUCUUAAUCAGCCAACGACGGUCGAUAAGGUUCAGUUGGCUGAUCCUAUUAAGCAAGAAUAUGGUAAUGGCCUUAAGCGAAUAGGUCGACCAAUGUACAAAAAGCCAAAAUCAGCCACAUCCGACACUCAAACAUCUACCAUAUCUGCCAAAAAGGGAGCAGAUGAUGAAGUCAUGGAGGUCGACAAUGAUAUUUUCAUACCAGGUAGUAAUGUGAUCGGCCAGGCUCCCAAAAGGAAGGUUGAUGAAGGGAAUCAGCCUAAGGUUACCGAGAGUACACCAUCAGCCAUUCCGAAUGUUAAGGCUCUCAUACAACACGAGAAAGGUAAAAGAAUUUCAGAAUUAAAUCGGCUAGAUUACCAGAAUACUUGGCCGAGAGUGGUAUCUAAUCCUCAGCCAGAAUCAUCAUUGACUAAGAGAAUUCUUUUAGCCUGUCGUUCUCAACCGAAUUUCAAGAAAAGAAAGCGGGGAUGGAAACUAAAAAGGGUUAAGUGGAGAAGAAAUUCGCGGAAGAAAAUGAAUCGGCCAAUUAAUGCAAAAUUUUGCAUGGCCGAUGCAGUGCUACAUGAAGAAAAUAAAAUGGGGCGACCAAUAUCGGCCAUAAUGAAAAGAAGUCUAGCUGAUAUUAACUCUAAAAGAGCAUUGGCUGGUACUUAUGGUGUUCCACGCUCCAGUGCUUCCAAAAAGGCUUCGUCUCGUUUUUGA